CGGCCCGGAAGCACCGAUGGGUCGCAUAACCACGAGUCCGCGCCGCGCCACCGACGAGCACCUAUUGGAUGUCGCUGCGCUAGAAAUGAGAUUCCAGACGGACCUGUUGUACGGGCUUACGUCUGCGCAAGUGGCGGAAGUCCAAGCUCAACCAACGUAUCGACCCAACUUACUCCCAACUGAUGCCGAGACGGGCCAUGGCGCAAUCCAUGAACUCGUGGCCGUCUUGCGUGAAGGUACAUGGAUCCACACACGUGCUGAAAACCUCGUGCCUGGCGACGUCAUUUCGCUGAAAUCGGGACAGUGCGUCCCAGCUGAUGUCCGCCUUGUGGAAGCCGAGGAAUUAGUGGUGACCCACCACACGCUGACUGGCGAAAAGACUCCGCUGCCGCGUAGCGCGACGACUGUGUCGGUCUUUGACUCGCCUGGUAUCAAUCUUCCAUACAUGCAAGCAGCGAACAUGCUUUUCUAUGGCACGACUAUAACCCAAGGAGUUGGGAAAGGCGUAGUGUGCCGAACAGGCGCAGACACUGUGUUGGGAGUGAUCUCAAACACAGUGUUGCAAUCACAACGGUCUCGCGAUCCGACGCCAAACACAAAGUUGUACGACGACGUCCGAGCACUGGGUGUCGUAUGCAAGAACGAGCAAGUUCCUGCAUGCCUUUCAAAACUCACGGCUCUUGUCGUUGAACACACCCGUGUCAUUCAGCGUACAGUCGUGACUGUGUCAUUUGGCUCCAACAUCCCCACGAUUGUGACUGCAUCGGAUGCUGGUUUACAUCCUGCAGAAGCGUCCACGGAGGACGUCGAACAAGCCAUCGCCACGACGAUAAUGAAAACGUACAAGACCAACUCUGACGCGAUCUCGCUAAUGCGUGCAUUCUCUGCGUGCCACUCGCAUCCGUCGCUCAACUCUCGCGACCAGUCGGCCAUUUCGCGUUUCUGCGACUUGUUCACGGGCACGGAUCGAUACGCUGCAUCGCUGUGUGGUCAACUGAGUGGCUGUGACGUAUACGUUCACUUUGACCCAGAAUGCUGCGCCCAUGUUGUAGUAUUGCAAGGACCUGCACAUGAAGUGUUGAGCCGUUGUGGUAAAGUGCGCAAGCUGCAGGGUGUUGUGACUUUGGACACUGCCGAUUUGAAGACCAUCGAAGGGAUGCUGGAAGGGCUCGAGGCUCGCGGUGAGGACGUUGUGGGCGUUGCCGAGCUUUACUUGGACCCGGUGGAGUUUCCUGUGGGCAACAUCGCGUUCGACAUCACAAAAUUCAACUUCCCAACGUCUAACAUGACGUACCUUGGCGCGUUGGGGCUACAGGACAAAGCGUCGCCGGACCUGGUGAAUUUGGUAUCUCACUGCCGUGCCGCCGACGUGAGCAUGUUUGUGCUCGCGGAAGAGUCCGAGUUUUUAGUCGACGAGUCGGUGUCAUUUGUGUCGACCGUGUUGACGGCUCCGUCGCCGCUGCAGCAUUACCACCGCCGGCGCUCAUCCGGUGCUGCGUCCGUGGACAGUGCCCUUGGCGAUACGGCGCUGGAUUUCCCAGUGGAUUCUCACGCUGCGCGGUUUGUCCCGUUGACUGACGUGAAGUUCAAUGUGAAGGACACGACCGCGGACACGAGCGUGGAAGUCUCACCAUUUGUCGUUGCGGCGUCUGCCAUUUCAAUUUCGAAUACCUUUGGCGAGUGGAAGCACAUUUUAAUGGAGCAUCCCAUCGUGGUGUUUGAAGGCACGUCGCCUGCGCACAUCGACCUGCUCGUGGAAACGUUGCAAGAUCUGGGUGAAGUCGUCGGCCUGAUCGCAUCUGGCAACGCGAAUGCACUAUCGCUCCUCAAUGCCGACGUCGGAUUUGCCAUUCCCACUGGCAACGUUAUCGAUUUGAGCGAAGAAGCUGCUGAUGUUAUACUUGGGUAUUCGGAGUCUCCUCGCGUCGACGCCGUACGUAUUAUCGAGCUGGCCAAACGAACUGCCUCGGCAGUGACCGGUGGCAACCCUCGAGACUCGGUCACGCGAGCAGCGGGUAGUGGCGCGUCCGUCGGGAGUUAUGUCCCUGAUGGCCCGCAUGGCGAAGCCAAACACUUAAUUGAAUGCUUGCUUCGGGACACAAUCGCUGUCGGUCGCGCGUUGCAAUUAACGCCAAACGAAAUGGAAGAGUGCUUCCACGUAGCGAUGGGUAACAUGGUGGACGGAACUCACGAAUAUGUCUGAGGCGUGCGUGUUGUUUUCACGGCCGUCAUCGCCGUCCUCACGUUUGUCGACGUCGUCGACGCCGCCGUCAGGUUUAUCCCCAUAACUUAUGCAUCGCUCACCACCAACAGCAUGUGUUGUUGUUCCAUGGGUCGGAAGUUCUGUG